UUAUUCAAAAUAACAGAAAAAUUCAAAUGCUGUUGAAGCAGAGCAGAAAAUAUAGGAUGUUAGCUUUGAUAUCUAGGAAGCUCUACAGGAAAUACGUUUCGUUACUCUCUAGUCCGGUUAAAUCCCGAAAACGUAGGGUGUGGUCAACUGUAGAAAAUUCUAGAUUUUGGGAAGAUGAAGUACAAAAGUUUAGUGAUAAAAAGUUCAAAAACACGUUUCGGGUUGACAGAUGUACGUUGAAUUUGUUGGUCAAAAAAUUACAUCGCCUGCAAAGAGAAGAUACUCUUUGGCGGUCUGCUAUUCGGUUGGAGAAACGCAUCGCUAUUGCCCUGUAUGCUCUCGGAUCGUCAGCGGAAUAUAGAACUAUUGGAAGUCUAUUCGGUGUAGGAAGAACAACUACGGGUGAACUGGUCAUUGAAAUCUGCAAUGCGGUUUUAGAUGUUGUGCAACACGAAGUGUUUGACGCAUACCCACCAACCUCGGAGAAGAUAUCAGAAAUAGUCGGUGGCUUCGAGAAACUGGGUUUUCCACAAUGCUACGGUGCCAUUGAUGGAUGCCAUAUAGAAGUCAAAGUACCAAAAAAUGAGGCAACCGACUACUAUAACUUCAAAGGAUGGCAUUCGGUUAUUCUGUUUGCUGCGGUGGAUCAUCGUUACCGGUUCACAUAUAUCAACGUAGGAGUUCCUGCCCGUUCAAAUGAUUCAACUAAUUUUGAGAACUCCAAACUCAAAAAAGUACACUGCACGAACGAGACAUUUAAAGCGCAUUCGAAACUAAUCGAAGGGGUUGUAGUACCGAUGCUGUUGAUCGGCGAUUCGGCUUUCAGACUGUCAAACCAGGUGAUGAAGCCGUUUCCAUUUUCUGUAGAUCAGCCGGAGCAUGAAAAGUUAUUCAAUUAUCAUCUAUCAGCAUGCCGACGGGUUGUAGAGAAUGCUUUCGGCCAUCUGAAGGCCCGUUUCAGAAGAAUCGGGAAAGGUUUGGAGGUCGACCUAAAUAAUGUCAAUACAAUUAUCAAAACUUGCUGCAUUCUACAUUCUACAUAAUGUAACAACCACAAUGACCAUAUUAACAAAAAAUGGAUGAUCCAGCUUCAAACCUUAAAUUCGAAGCAACAACCACAAAGAGGAUUGAUAGUAAGAAACGAAAACGCAUCAGCAUUCAGGAUUAGAAACGCACUGAUGGUACAUUUCGGAGCGGAAUGCCUGCGGCUUGAUGAUGGCAGUGUUGGUGAUGGCGAUGAUACUGAUGAUGUCGGCGCAGAAGGUGACAUAAACAUAGAUUGAGCGAAUGUGUCGUUCUCCGGGUUGUACGCUUCAUCUAAAUACUCAGCAUCGCAGUAGUCAUCAUCUGGAACAAAAUAAAAGAUAUUGUUAGUUGCUUCGUUAAUGCCUGAUAUAGACCAAAAAACUGUUUUCAAGUCGAGUGAAAAACUAUAAAACUUGGCUGGAAUACUUUCCAGAAGAUGCCGGAUGAACUAUCUAUUCUAUCUUGAAUCAGAACCCAACUCAAAUUACUCAUAAAUCCAAAGCUGCUUCAAUGAAAAUGAAUUUGAAUGCUAAGACUGAGUGGUUAUUUACAUACAUUCACGUUCCGCGCAUGAUUCUGCAAGGUCUCAGUUUGAUUCUUUUCAGAAUAAUUAUACCAAACAGGUCAUUUGGACCACCGCUAAAGUCACCCAUUGCAUGAGAUUUGAUACUAUAUUUGUACGACUCAAAUUGAAAGGGAAGUUCUUAUCUCACAUUUAAUAAAUUAAAAAUGGUAAGGAAAGCUUUCUAGAUGAUGUUUAACACAAGAGAAAGUCGAUCCAUGCAGUCUCCUUCUUUCGAAAAUUUACUGUCAAAAUUACUUUUAACUUACCGGAACCAAUCACCUCAUCCAUCAAAUCGCGAGUGCUGUUUUGUUUAUAAGUAUGGAGAAAGCUGUGUAGAAUAUCAA